AUGACAAACACCCUCAUCCGAUGGGACGACCCCAACGUCGAAUCGGGAGCAGGUGCCACCGAAGAUGAGCUGAUCCACGAAGUCGAGCGACAGAUCAACACGGCGCAAACCGCCGUCUGGGAGUGUCACCGACACGCCUUCUCCGGCACACACGUUAAAACCCAAGGCAUCGUCAAAGGUGAGCUAGAAGUGCUCCAAGGUCUCGACUCGCACCUCUACCAGGGUCUCUUCAAACAACCCGGAGCCAAAUUCCCCGUCGCCAUGCGCUAUUCGACAGAGACGACGGACCUGAUCGACGACCGCGUUCCGCAACCCCGCGGGAUUGGUUUGAAAGUGUUCGGCGCUCGCGGCCCAAAGCUGCGACAGGACAUGAAGGAUCCCGAGACGCAGGACUUUGAGUUCAACUCGUGCGCCUUUCUCGAGCUCGGCAACGCCCGGACGUGUCGUGACGUUAUCGCUCUGCGUCUGCUGCAUGGGGCUGACAACCAAGCGCUCGAUGCCGAUCUGAAGAAACGACCCGACUACAAGGUGCAGAACGCUCGAAACGUCGCGCCCAACGUCCACCUUGCCGCACAGCGUCAAUACUCCCAGGCGGCCAUCCGAUACGGCGACCAUGUGGUCAAGUACCGUCUGUUGCCGACCUCUGACGCGCAAAAGGAGCUGGCAAGCAAGACGGUCGGCGAGAAUGACCACGGCAACACAGUGCUCAAGGACUGGCUGCAGGACUACUUCCGUUCGAAGGCGGCCACUUACGAUUUCCAGGUGCAGUUCCUAGAGAAUCUGGACGAGCAGCCGAUCGAGGACGUGCGUGUGGAAUGGGACCAGCAAAAGUAUCCUUUCGUCACCGUGGCCAGGCUGACGCUGCCCCCGCAAGAAUCGUUUGCACCAAAGCGAGUGAGCUUCUGGGAAGAUCACAAUCGACUCGACGUUUGGCAUGGCCUUGUGGAGCACAAGCCACUCGGAUCGAUCAACCGCCUGAGAAAGGGUGUCUACAAGGCGUCGGCUGCUUUCCGCCGCAAAAUGAACGGCCGCGGAGAGAUUGUUGUCGACGAUGUUACGCAGAUUCCUGAUUAG